UUUUACGGCUUUCGAGAAUUUAACUUUUGAUGUCACCAUGGAGAAGAUUGCAAUAAUUAUUUGUUUGUUACUGACGAUCGUCGCAUCGAGUCACAUCCGAAAACGUGCCACAGAGGGAGAUUCGUGCCCGGAAUGCGAUGACAACAGCUUGGAAAUUCCCAUUUCGUUCGGCAAGGAGCUCAACAAGUACGAGUUGUAUUCGGAUUAUGUGCACAGCAUGCUGGAUGAGGACACAAUCGAUCAACGAGACGACAUUUAUCUCUUGGUCAAUGGAACUUCGAGUGAAGUGUCUUACCAACAACGCUCCGUAGCGAUUAGACCCAAACCAGCUGCUUGUAUACCCGAUACGACAGUUGUUUCGUUGCGCCCGAAGGAAGAACGUGAUCCCACAAUCGUUUAUUUCCCCUCAUGCACCCGAGUUAAGCGUUGCGGCGGUUGCUGUUCCCAUCAAUUGUUGAGUUGUCAGCCCACGGAAAUUCAAACGAUCACUUAUGAAGUAAUCAAAAGUCAAUAUACGGGCGGCACAAAGAUGACUUAUCGCGGUAAAGAUCUCAUGCCGGUCGAAGAGCAUCUGAAAUGCAAAUGUGAUUGUCGCAUCAAAGAAGAGGAUUGCAACAAAGCGUUCCAGAAAUACGACAAAUCGCAGUGUAAAUGCUACUGCACGAACGUCGAUGAUCAACACAAGUGCUUACAGGAUCGAGCAACAAAAAUUUGGGACUCCAGUUCGUGCGUUUGCCGUUGCCGCGACAUCAAGCAAUGUUCAACUAAUUAUCACUUUGAUCACAAUUCGUGCGAUUGUGUUUCGAAUCCACCGGAAUUGAUUCAUGAAACGACCAAACCCGCGGAAAUUCCUACACGAAGUCUCGAAGAACGUCGAAGGUUGAUUGUGAGACCGACAAUUAUCAAUCCAGAUGACUCCACGGUCUAUACAACGUAAAAUUGGCUUAAUUUCCGAGAGAUACCUGCAUCACAUUCGUCCAUUUUUUGAGUAUUUUUUCCUUAUUUUUAUCUGUUUUUGUAGACUAGAGAUACCAAAUUGUAUCAAAAGAAUAAUAUUAAAAAAAAAGAGAAAUAAAUAGAAAGUCAAGUGUUUUUAACAGA